AUGACGACUUCCAGUACCGUGUCGAUGCGUCAGCCAUCAGAGUCACCACCGACGCGCACGGCCUUUGAGCAACGCCUUGAUGCGCAGCGCCGUCGGUCUGUACCCAAAAUUACCGGUCGUAAGCUUCGUUUGCCUCGAAAAUUUGUGAUUACCGACGUGCCGGACUCUUUGCAGCAGUCUACCAACGACGAGGACGAGAGCAAUAAUUACAGCAUUGAAAACAACAGCGAAGACCUUGCAGCCUCCGCUUCGUCUGUGCGGAAGGGGAAGACCCAAAUUAAAGGCCGCUUUACCAUAACGGAUCUGUCGCCAGAGCUUCCAGAGUCUUCGCCGGAGCGCGAAGACUUUUCAGUCUCACUCGGUCCAACGUCUUCUUGUGAUGUUCUGCGGCGUCAGUCCUCCAGGAGAUUGCCCACUCGAAGGCCUUUCCAAUCCGCAGGUGAUGUUCGCUCCGCGAUCAGCCUGGCAGAUUCGAAACCUGGACCAAUACAGGAGAAUUUGGUGCAAGAAACGCCCCUUUUGGUUUCCUUACAACGCUAUCAAGUAUCUCCUCCGUCUUCGCGCCGUUCAGAAUCAUCGGGCAAUUUAAUGAGUAACCAGAUCACCCACAACGUUAGCAAUCCGAAACAGGCACUGUCUGAUCAUCAUUUAGAGUACUUGGAAAAAGAGACGCACGAGAUGAAGUCAGUACUAGAAAAUAUGGUGGCCACUAAUUCCCAGUGGAUUGAGGCUUUGAGCUCUGCUGGAAUUAUAAGUGCCACUUCGGCCUCUAAAUCAACUUUUGGAUCAAAUUUUACAGAAACGUCCCCUCUGGAAAAGCAGCUUCGUGACGUUGAGAAGGCUUACACAGAAUUGCAGGCUAAGUAUGCGACAGUGUGCAUCAAGUCAGAGCGCUUAGAGGUGAAAAAUGCAAUGCUCGAAAUUAGGCUUCAGCAACAGACUAAUCGCUCGACAAUGUUGCGAUCACAACUUGACAAGCUCACUCAAUACACAGAGAAUCUGAUUGGUGAAUCGUCGGAGCCAACACUACACGACUACAAUUCAGAUUUGAACUCCAUUUUGAACGAAAACCUCGUGGAAAUCUCCUCUACUGACGAUAAAUUGACUAGAGGCGGUGCGAUUGGAUUUGGUUAUGAUGUGGUGAAGUCGCGGCGGCAAAGUUGGCGUGACGCAGAUGAGGAGUGUAUCUCAGAUGCAAGUACUGAAGGUGACUCAACGAGGAAGACCCUCUCGCCUCCGCUGUCUGAUGAGGACAAUAAUUGCUGUCAAUGUGACAUUGAGUUCCGCUCUACAGACUUUACAUCAGACGACAAUCGUCAAAGUGCUUCAGCUUUUGAUUCACUGCUUGAUGAUCAGUGCGACCAAGAAUCUCCAAUUCUGAAUGACAAAGCAGAUGACUCUCCUGAAAGUUAUUCAGUGGAUUCUUUGGCUGUGUGCCCGUCUACAAAGGAUGGCGUCAGGAAGCAUAGCAGUUGCAACCAAACUGAGCACUCGAGUCGACUGUCAAAUGGACAGAAGUCGCAAUUGCUACAGCACAGCAAUUCGGUGUCCUCUAUCAACUACUCGACUGUUUCGUCAAAUUCGUCUCUGGCCGGUUUUGGACUUCACUUAGCAACCAUGGCGCAGUCCAAGUCCUGCGUUUUUGCCAGUGUUGCCUCUACCAGCUUGUUUGGCCCGCAUCCGGAACCAUAUCCAAAUGCCUCUAACCAACGAAGCUUUGAGCAUGACGACAAAACUGUGUACGAUGUGCUUAGCCCGGAGAAUCUUCGGUUUCAUGACUGCCAGUCUUUUAUCCAAGCAGCCGAAGCGCGAAUCGCUCAAAACUCGUCCGCGCGACACGAAUAUUCAUUUUUGACGAGUAAGAAAGCUGCAUCGUUACCGGGGACGACUGAAGGCUCCGAGCAGACACGAUCGACUGGCAAUUUGUUUAAGCGAUUUUCUCUGCGGCGGCGGUAG